UAGCGAGAAAGUUGAGGACGUGUUUUUGUCUCUCGUGUGAUAAUCGAAUAAAAACCUAACGCAUUGAAUCGUAAGUCUUAAAUAUUUAAGUCAGAUAAUAUCAUUUAAAAACCAGGAAUAUUCUGAUCACAAAACUCUCGUCGAGAUGACCAAUUUUAUUCGCUUUAACAAGUCAAGAGUGACUAGUGGAUUUGGUGGGUCGGAUAAUGUUGGAGCCUCCGGUCAACAGGAACAGGAAACCUUUGGACUGCACAUCACGGACUUGCCGCCAGAGGCGCUGGCUCUCAUUUUCGAACAGUGCUCUUACGAUGACUUGGCUACACGAGUGAGGCUCGUGUGCAAGCGAUUCUGUGACGUCGCCACCUCAGUUCUCAAUCGGGGAUUCUCGACCUUGGGUCCAAAGAUCGAUCGAGCUAUGAAGGAUAUCGAACAUCGUAUUGAACAAGUUCGAACAGAAGAAGAACUUAUAGGAAUGAAUCGAGCUUUCAUUGCGCUGAUGUUUAUGAAGUCUCAGUACAGUCUGCUGACAGCCGUCACCUGGAGGUACGUUUGCAACCCUUACUCCGGUUCCGGACAACUAGCGUGCUUCUACGCAGGCACUCUGCUGGACGAGUUCCUCUCGUUUCUGCGGCUGGCCCACGACUCUCCAGAAGACUUGGAAGUCAAUUUGCGUUACGUAUAUAAAGUAAACGACGUCACAAAACUGAUGGUUCCGUGUAGGACGUUCAUGAACCACUUCGAGAGAAUUACUGAGAAGAAGUUGAACAAUGAUUAUUCCAUCUCUGGGGCAAAGUUCAUUGACCUUUUCGAUUGCUUGCUGUCGGACGAUGACAGGACGACCCCGUAUGAACAGGCGAUUACAGUCAAUGGAACGGAAUGCCACAUCAAGGCUCAUUACAGGAUGCCUAACACGUGGUUCUGUUUCCAACAUUCAUAUGAUCAUCAAUCUAAGAUGUGGAACGAUGAACAGAGACGUAUGUACCUGUGCAUGCGCCAACUCAUCACUAAAAGGGACCAUUUAUUCCUGGAGAAAAUUCUCUGCGAAAGAAAAGUGCUAUUUCGAAAGAGAGGCUCUAGGUUCACAUCAAAAUGCAGAGUACCUUCUGUUUACCACCAAUCUGUAGAGUAUGCUGGCUACUUGUUUUAUUUUGAAACCGUGGAUCGUUCUGCCCACGACUUUGACUUCAAUGGUGUAAAAAGUCUAGCCGGUGAUACGCCUAAAAUGGAUCUUAAUAUUGACAUAGAGCUUCACUCACCGUUAGAACUGGCACCUAUAAAUUAUCUGAAACGCUCUGAAGUACAGAGUUUGGACUUCCGCUGUAACCAUGUGGGGAUGCCACCAGAUCCUCUUCUGGUGAAUCAUGAACCUAAAUUCCUUUUGAAAAUGACUAUAAAUUGCCCUGGAUCUACUACAAACGACCUACCUUCCACGUUCUACCAUAUUAUAAGCUCUACCAAAGAUGAUUAAAACAUUUUUUUUUACUUUAGAGUAUCUCAUUACGGACUAUGUUUGUUUAGCCCAGUAUGGGACACCUUCCGUGACACCACUGCGCACCUACUUCUGCGCAUAUACCAACUAACCUUACCUAACCUAACCCAUCCAGGACGGGGUUUGCUGAGUCAGCAGAAAUCGACGUCCUGCGGACCAAUUUCACGAAUGGAUGGUCAGAAAUUCCUGAACUUUUGAAUGGACGUCAUGCCACGUGUAACUUAAUACAAUUCAUAAUUCAUUAUGUCAUAAAUAUUGUAGUAAAGCCGCACGGAGACACCAAAGUCGCGAGGUGGAGCACCGUAAAAACGGCCACGACCAUUUCAAGUGUGCUUUAUUUAAGCAUACUCACGUUUGGCCACAUUUAUUUGUAGUGGCUACAUGUGCGGAAAUACCCAACAAGACGCCCAAAUUUACAGAAUUAAACCAAAAAAAUAUUUAAGGUGAUAAUUCAGAAAGUGUGUUCUUUAAAAGCAAGGGCGCGGCACACUCGUACGUGAUUAAUGGCGCAUAGAAUAAAUCACAUCUAAAUACACAUCCUCAAAAUGCACGGAACUGAAUGAUUUUAGGGCCUUCAGCAAUUUAAUGAUUCCUAAGCGUAGGCAGACUACAAAUGCAAUUUAACAACUACAAUUGAGUAAAAACAUACACAAGUGACGUGAGCCAAUAGUCCUUCGAAAUCAAACUAUAAGGUAAACAAUGUAAAAUCUUUGAAGUGUAAAGCUAUGGUGGUAACUCAAUCAACAAGAUUGUUUUUUAAUGUGAGAACAUUGAAAUAUUUUAUUGUUUAAUAUCCCGCAAUCGAUAUUAGAACUCAUACGAUGCCUUACCACGGACAAUUUGCAUCAGGUCACUACGAAAAAACUUCGGCGCAGAUGACCGAUUAAACUAAACUAAGGACAUUUGAAAUGCCAUGUGUGCUCAGAAAAGACGUUUGUACGAGUUAGUAUCAUGUAAGUCAUAUACAGAUAUCGCGUAUCUGCAGAAGCUCGACCUAUGUAAUUUGAGAACAUUUAUUCUUUAUAACGAUGACUGGGGUCACUGUAGUAAAUACAUGUAGUGUAAUAUAAAAUUCAAUAAAUAUUUUAAUAAAUUCUU